GGGCGCCGGCCGGGCCGGGAGGGGCGCGAUGGGCGGGCGCAGAGGGAGCGGCGGGCCGGGCUCGGACAGCUCGGCUGCCGCCCGUUUGCUCGCACCCACGUCCCCUGCCCGCACCGGUCGUAUUCUCUGCAGACUGUCGGUCCCCGCGCCUGGGGUCCCAGCAACUUUUCCCGCCCGAGCCCCGGGGCGGGGGCUGCUGUGUCCGGGCGAGGUCCUCCUGAGGGGCUCGGGGCGCGAUCACCUAGGGGACGGCGGGGCCGGUGAGUCGCCUGCCGUCGGGGCCGGUCCUGUCCCCGACCAUGACCGAGAUGAGCGAGAAGGAGAAUGAACCCGAGGACGCGGCCGCCCGCAGCUCCGCGGGGACUGGGUCGGUGACCCAGGAAACUAAGCUGCAGCGGUUCAAGCGCUCGCUGUCCCUCAAGACCAUCCUAAGGAGCAAGAGCAUGGAGAACUUCUUCCUGCGCUCCAGCUCCGAGCUCAAGCGUCCCACCGAGGUGCUGCUCACGCCCCCGACCCCGCUGCCCCCGCCCUCCCCGCCGCCCACGUCCUCUCCAGCACCCUCCCCCUGUCCAGCGCUGCGCCCCCUGGCACCGCUUAAGCCUUCCAGGCUGCACGGCUUCCAGGAGUACGUCUUCAAGCGCGCCAGCCCAUGCCAGCUGUGCCACCAGCUCAUCGUGGGAAACUCCAAGCAGGGCCUGCGCUGUAGGAGCUGCAAGGCCAGUGUCCACCUCUGGUGCUCAGAGGAGACCUCCCACCAGCAAUGCCCGGGCAAGACGUCUGCCUCCUUCCGCCGCAACUUCAGCUCCCCGCUCCUGGUGCACGAGCCACCACCAGCCUGUACCCUGAGCAGAGAGUCCCUACCCACAGCAGGGCCCGGUGGGAAGGUGGACCCGGUAUACGAGACCCUGCGCUAUGGCACGUCCCUGGCCCUGAUGAACCGCUCCAGCUUCAGCAGUACAUCUGAGUCCCCCACGCGGAGCCUGAGUGAGCGCGACGAGCUGGCUGAGGACGGGGAGGGCAGCAUCCGCAGCUCUGAGGAGGGGCCCAGCGACGGUGUGUUCACAUCCCUGGCUGAGAGCGAAGAGUCAGGAGCAGAGGAGCGGAGCCCUGGGCAGCAGCGCCCACCCAGCGCUUCUCCCCAGCCCCCCAAGGCGACCCUGCGGAAGGAGGUGGGGCCCAUGUACUCCUACGUAGCCCUCUACAAGUUCCUGCCCCAGGAGAGCAACGACCUGGCCCUGCAGCCUGGAGAUCGAAUCUUGCUGGUGGAUGACUCCAACGAAGACUGGUGGAAGGGCAAGAUCGGCGACCGCGUGGGCUUUUUCCCGGCCAAUUUUGUGCAGCGGGUAAGGCCAGGCGAGAACGUGUGGCGCUGCUGCCGGUCCUUCUCGGGAAGUAAAGAGCAGGGUUACCUGAGCCUCAAGGAAAACCAGAUCUGCGUUGGCGUGGGCAGAAGCGGAGAUGCAGAUGGCUUCAUCCGUGUCAGCAGCGGCAGGAAGCGGGGCCUAGUGCCGGCUGACGCCCUGAAUGAGAUCUGAGGGCUCAGGGCGAGUGGAGCUGCCUGUGCCCUGACUGGCAUCUGAUGGGAAGGGGUGCGGGCAUCCUGACACCCUGCUUCUUCUGCCCCUCUCCCCCUCUCCCGGGACCCUCAACCCUUGGGAGGUUUUAUUUCUUGGGUGAGGCACCCUGCUGGGCUGAUCCCCUGGGACUGGAAGUUGGAAGCUGUAGGUAGGUCCCCCACAGUGCCUGGGUACCCCAAAUCUGGCCACUGCACUGAGUCCUGUGUUGGACAGGCCCCUAGGAUACCCAGACUCCCCACCUGCCCGUGCAGCCUCUGCAUGCCUGAACCCACGCCUUCAGAGCCUUUGCUUGGGUCUGUUUACACCGGCCCCUUUGUAAGUGGCACUAUGGGGGCUUUCUGCACCCCUCAGCCCUUUGCCCCCGAGGGGGGAUCCAGUGCCAUGGCAGGGCCCCUGGGCCCCCUCUUAGUCUCCACGUCUCUGUCACCUCUUCACUUCUCAGGCAAGUUCUGCAGGAAUCUCUCCCACUACUUGAAACCUGGUCCUACAGAGGGGGGAGGGCAGAGGUCUCCACAGAUGUGACAAGUUGAGACUGUCCCCUCAAUAGAUGAUCACCACAGAGCAAUCUGGGCUCGGAAAGUGGCCUGAGAACCAGUCCCGGCCCACACUUGGUCCAAACCACCCCAUGUCACCUUCAGGUUGCCCUGACAACAGCGGGACACCCCUCCUUCACCCUUCUCCGGUUCUUCAGGACAGGGGGCUGUGUGUCCCUUUGUAGCUGUCUGCCCCUUUGUCCUGGACACAUCAGAGGAAGAGGGGGAGGAGACAGGCAAGGAUGAAGAAUUCUGGAGUCCCAGGAAAUGAGGGGAGCAGGACCGGAGGGCCAUCCCACGAGACCUCCGUCUUGCAGGCUGCUUUAUUCUGGUGCCAGCUUUCCUUCCCCAAGCUCGGAGCCUCCUGUUGUGCCCUUGGUCAUGCCAGCCAAUGCCCCCCUCCCGGGCAGUCACAACCCCCAUGGUGAGAGGCACACAGGUUCUCCCCUUCUCCUCCUCAGAGGGGGCUCAAGCCACACUGCCCUGUUUGCUGCCAUGAGGCCCCCCAGCGAUACCCCCGGGGCGGCCGAUGCCCACUGUACACCAGGCUGCAUGGCGGGUCUGUCUGGCCCUGCGGAGCCCCAGGCCCUAAUUAAAUGUAUUUUGUCCC